AUGAGAAGGGCCUGGGCUUCGAGAGGCACUGCACAAGAUGCGGCCUCCACGGCAGCGGCCUCCGCGGCACUGCGCCGACGCGUGCGGCCGCAGAGGUUCCUCCACGAGCCACUCCUGCGCCAGCUCCGCCUGGCGGCCGAGGCAGAGCGGUUUGAUCCACUGGAAUGGCGUCGGCUUCGCGGGCCACUGGCGGAGGCCGCGCCGCAGCUCAGGCCGGCGGAGCUGACUUCAGCGCUGCAGGCGCUUGCUGCACUGCGGAGCGUGGAGCCUGCCUAUUUGAAUCCAGUGCUGGACCGCUUGAAUGACGCAGCCGGCUACUUCACGCCUCAGCAAUUCAGCCACUCGCUGACCGCCUUGGCCCUGCUGGGGGCUGAGGCUUCGUGCCAAGCAGCGCCCAUGGCCACGGCCAUAAAGGAGCUCCUGGCAGUCCCGCCCUUCUAUCUCCAUCAGCUGCCGAGCAGCCUUCUGCUAGACUGUUUGGAGGCCCUCCUGAAGCUGAAGUGCCCCGCCGCCUCGCUGGCCGAGGUCUUGCUCCGCGAGCUGCCCAGUGCCUGGCAACUGAACAAGGAGGAGCUCCUUCGGCUGCUGCAGCUGCUUGCCGAGGUAGCUCCUCGGAUUGAGCAGGGAGCUGUUCUCGACAUGGUGAAGGUCGCGAUGGGUGACGCCCGCGCUGCGCUUCGGGGCCGGCUGCACGGCGUUGAGGGCCUGUCAGAGGGGGAGCUUCUCCAAGCCCUGAUGGCUUGCACCGAGCUGCAGAGCUCCCUGGAACUCCACAAUGAGCCUGCCGAAACACCACAAUCUCUCUGCAGCUUGCUGCACAGGCGGGCGAUGCAACGCUGCGACACGGCCGGCGGGCGCAGCUUCGAGAAGUUGCUACUGACGGAGCUCUCUGCAGGGUCGCCGGCCUCGCCUCGGGCAGCCACGGCCCUGGCUGCACUGCGGCCCGAAGACUGCGCCAGGCUUUGCGGUGUCCUGGGGCACUUUGCGCGGCAGCAGCGUGCAACCGCCACAAGGAGUGGGCCCGCAGUUCCGGCCUACGUGGCCAGGCUGGUGCCUGGUUUGGUGCGAAGGCUCAUCGAGUUGCUCGAGAUCCUCUCGGCAGAGGACAUGGUUCGCGCAUGGGAGGCACUCUCAGCUGACCUGUGCUACAGCGAUGACUACUUGUCUGAUCGCCUUUCUCACGCCCUCGCAGCCCGAAUAUUUCCUGUCAGAGGGGAGGCGCAGGCAGCGGUCUUGCGACGCGCCCUGGGCGCCGCAGCCAACGGCAGCAGUCUUGCGCCCUUCUUCGAGCUCCUGCAAUCCGGGGUGGAGGAUCUCCACGCCUGCUGGGAUAGCCGUGAAGACGAGCUGAAAGAGGCUAUGUGCCGCAGCCUGGCGCUCGACCUAGACGACCUCGCCGGUGACAGGUCGUGGAGUUGGCUGCGGCAGAUGCGGGCGCACUUUGCCUCGCAGGUGCAACCGCAAGAUUCCAUGGACUGGAUCCUCGAUACGCAAGCCGUGGAGGACCUCUGCUUAAAGUGGCAUGAUCUUCGUCGCCACGCCGCGCAGAUCUCCAAAAGCGAUGGAUGA